AGAAUCAUCAAAUUGAAGAGCAAAACAAAAAAGGAUAAGAAAUGACAGCUUAUCACUGAUGACAGCUUGGACGGAAGCAUGACGAAAAGAAGAUGGCAGACAAUUUAACUAUGUUUUCGAAUCGCACAAGUCAAAUGAGCUGCAGACAAGAAGUAUUGGACAGCAAGUCGUAUCACUACGAUCUUAACAUCUCUAUUAUUGUGAUAAACACACCGUUUGCUAUAUUUGCUGUCUUAAGCAAUCUCUUGGUUAUAAUCACAAUCUGUAAGUCUCAAGAACUUCGAGUCCCAGCCAACAUUCUUCUUUGUAGUUUGGCCGUAACAGAUCUGCUAGUUGGUUUGAUUACUCAGCCUCUGUUUAUUACCUGGCGCUUGAUGUUACACUACUCAUCAACCAUCUGCAACUCCGAAGUCGUUCAUUCUCUAUACGAAGCUUUCCUUCAUUUGUGCACCGGCAGCUCUUUCCUCUGUCUAGCAUACCUCAGUACUGACCGUUUCCUGGCGGUAUCCAAGCCGUUACAUUACCGUGCAAACACCACAACAACAAAAGUUGCGCGUAAUAUGAUCAUACUGUGGUUUGUAUGGAUUGGUAUCGUUGUUCUCCGCUACUCGGGUAUUGACGAAAAAACCAAUGCAACCAUUACCUCGGUCAUUGCCGGUACUCUGGUAAUAUAUCUUGUUAUUGCUCAGAUAGCUUUAAUAGUCAGCGUCAAGCGCAACAGUAUUCAUGAUUUGCUUUCAGAGGAAAGCGCCGCUGUCAUCGCUUCCAAAAGAGAAGCACGGAUAGCGUCAACCAUUAUUUACAUUUUCUUAGCUCUCCUGGUUUUCCUCCUUCCCGCUGUUGUUGUUCAAAUUGUUUCGGGAUUCACCAGCAGUAAUCAGAGUAAAAUCGAGUUGAACUUUGCCAUUUCAGCUCUUUUGAUAAAUUCUUCUGCUAACCCACUAAUCUACUUCUGGAGAGGCCGAGACAUGCGCAAAGCAGCACGUCUUCUUUUCCCGGGCCCUACGACUAAGAGUGGAGCAGCUGAUAGCAAUCGGUCGUCUAAUAGAACCAGCGGGGAUAAUAGCGGAAGGUCUCUUGAGGAAACUAUAUAGAUAAAUUCUGUUUAAAAGAAUCCUCAUCGUAACCAAAAUGCGAUAUACAUUUAGACAUUGUACAUAUGUCGUAGUUUUAAAAGAUUUAAAAUUCAUGUGAUUUCCCCCGUGUUCCAGGUACCCUACCAUACUCUCAAAAGAAAGAAAACGGUGAAAUAACACAACUCGUUUGAAAUGAAUUCAAACUGCAAUCACUUUUAACCUCAGCAUUUCCAUGUUAAAACAUAGUCCUUCCUUUUACACUAUCUUAACGGUGUUAAAACGCUAUCUUGAUACAAAGAGACUUUGUUGUGACUUAGAACGCCGACAUUGCUUAACUGUAGCUACAUGUUUUGUAACUUAGUCACGAGAUGAAACAAGGAGUACUCAGCAGAGCAGGCUUUAUAUAAAAGUCUGGAGAUACGCUAUAUAUCCUAUAAAUCCUAUAUAUCCUAUAUAUCCCAAAGAAAUGAAUCACGAAUAUUUGUAGUCUUUUUGAAGGGAUAAAAACGGGUUUGCUUUUAUCCAUGAUCUUGUCGAGGGCUUCAGGUUUAAGUGAGGGGAGAAAAAUUCUUUUUCCAGCCUUAAUCGGACAUUGACGAACUCAAGGUAGAAAUUAAAGUUAUUACCUGCCGUAACCAGACAUCGCGUGAUUUUUUUAGUGUGACGGUAAACGCAUUUUCCAUUACGAGGUGAAUGUUUUGGCUUGAAGUUCAUAUGAUCAAGUGAGGUGGUGUAAUAUAUUUCGCAUGAGUUAUGUAUAACUUUUUUAUUAUGCCUAUUAAUGACUCUACUAUAUCUUUCCCCGCUUUUUGAUCUUGUAUAUUUUUGAUUAUAAAGAUCACUCUAAGAGGUUUGAAGGAGAUUUUGUCAUGUAGCUGUAG